AUGGAGUCCUCAAAGACCAACAUAACAACUCUUCUUUUCAUCUCCAUACUUCUCAUUUCUUCAUUUUCUCCAAUUCUUGGUUGUGGCCAUUGCAAAAAACACAAGAAAAAUCCCAUUGUUCCACCUGUGAAUAAUCCAUCACCACCAACAGGGUCUAGUACUUCUUGCCCCAUUGAUACUAUCAAACUUGGGGCCUGUGUGGAUCUUCUUGGUGGGCUUGUUCAUAUUGGGCUUGGUAACCCUGUUGUUAAUAAGUGUUGUCCAAUUCUUCAAGGGCUUGUGGAACUUGAAGCUGCAGUUUGUCUUUGCACAACUCUUAAGCUUAAGCUUUUGAAUCUUAACCUUUAUGUACCUUUGGCACUUCAGUUGCUUCUUACUUGUGGCAAAACUCCACCUCCUGGCUACACUUGCUCUUUGUAG